AUGUGGGGAAGGCUUGAACAACAAUUAAUCCACAGUAAGCUCUUUCCGACAUGUCUCUUCAAACCAGCAUCAACUGACUAUGCUAUCCCUCAUCUCAGACCACUUGGCACCGAAGACUCGCAGCUACUCCCUACUCCCCGCAACGCACCCAUCACUCUGGCUGGAACGCGUCUGGAGCCGAGACAAAAACACAUUUUCAAAAAAAUCGAGCCGCGCUAUUUCUCGGAGACAGGCGCGACAAUGUCUAUUUGA